AUGGCACGUAAGGCGAAGAAGGAAGCCCCUGUCCCUCCCAAAGCUGAAGCCAGAGCAAAAGCUUUGAAGGCCAAGAAAGCAGUGUUGAAAGGCAUCCACAGCCACGAAAAAAAGAUCCGGACGCCACCUACCUUCCGAUGGCCCAAAACACCGAGGCUCAGGAGGCAGCCCAAAUAUCCUCGGAAGGGCGCCCCUAGGAGAAACAAGCUUGACCACUACGCCAUCGUCAAGUUCCCCCUGACCACUGAGUCAGCCAUGAAGAAAAUAGAAGACAGCAACACACUGGUGUUCAUUGUGGACGUCGAGGCCAACAAGCACCAGAUUAAACAGGCUGUGAAGGAGCUCUAUGACAUUGACGUGGCUAAGGUCAACACCCUGAUCAGGCCUGAUGGAGAGAAGGCAUAUGUUUAA